UUUUUAAAUGUGACUAAGUCUCUGAACAGGGCAGAGUGCAUUCUGAAUCAAAACAUUUGUAGAGUCUGUAAACAGCCUGAAGCCUGAAGAAUCCAGGAAGAGAUGCAGUAUGAUUAUGGAAAAAACAAGAAGGAACAAACUGAACCUGUAAAAGCAGAUGUAAAAGGAUCUCUUCCUGAUUGGCUGCAAGGCACUCUUGUGCGAAAUGGCCCAGGUCUCUUCUCAUGUGGAGAGACUUCUUAUAAUCACUGGUUUGAUGGAAUGGCGCUCUUGCACAGUUUCACAAUCAAACAUGGAGAGGUUACAUACAGAAGCAAGUAUCUCAGAAGUGACACGUACAACAGCAACAUGGAAGCCAAUAGAAUCGUAGUUUCAGAAAUGGGGACCAUGGCAUAUCCGCAUCCAUCCAAAAACGUGCUCACCAAAGUGAUCACCUUUAUCAAUCACACCGUCCCAGACUUCACAGACAAUUGUGCUAGUAACAUAAUAAAAUAUGGAAAUGAUUAUUAUGCUACUUCUGAAACCAAUUACAUUCGCAAAAUUGACCCAGUGACCUUGGAGACUCAAGACAAGGUGGACUACAAAAAAUACAUUGCUAUAAGCCUUGCUAUAUCUCACCCACACUAUGAUAAAGAAGGAAACAGCUACAACAUGGGAACGUCAAUUGCAGACAAGGGCAAGACCAAAUUUGUGAUAUUUAAGGUCCCUGCAGUUGAACGUGGUAAAACUCCAGCUACCUCUGAUUGGACUCCAGCCUUGAAGAAUGCUGAGAUCAUGGCCACGAUUCCUUGCCACUCCCUCCUCACUCCGAGUUAUUACCACAGCUUUGGCAUGACAGAGAACUUUUUCAUCUUUAUUGAGCAACCCUUAAAGCUGGACAUUGUCAAAAUGGCCACUGCUUACAUGAGGGGGGUGAGCUGGGCUAGCUGCAUGAAAUUCCAGCCUGAGCAUCAAGUCCUAAUUCACCUCAUUGACCGACACACCAAGAAAGAAGUUGACGUGAAAUACUCCACAGACACGAUGGUGGUAUACCAUCACGUCAAUGCUUUUGAAGAGGAUGGACAUGUGAUAGUUGACGUGAUCGCUUAUGAUGACUACGGCCUAUACGACAUGUUCUACCUGGACAAGCUGAAAGAACGAUCUGCAAGCAGUAAUAAAGUCAAGCCACAGUACAAACGCUUUGUGCUGCCACUUGCUGACAAGUGUGCCAAGACUGGAGAAAACCUGGUCAAGUUGAAAUACACGACAGCGACUGCCGUAAAAGAGAAAGAAGGAAAACUACUCUGCAAGCCAGAGGUUAUGAGUGAAGGCACUGAAGUUCCCAGAAUCAAUUACAAUUACAACGGACAGAAGCACAGAUAUGCUUAUGUGACCGACGUGGGGACUCCAACAGCUACAAAGGUUAUCAAGUUGGAUGUUGAAACAAAGCUGCAAGUUGAAUGGAGCGCAGAGAACUGCUGGCCUUCCGAGCCUGUGUUUGUUCCUAGACCUGGUGCGAGUGAAGAGCAUGAUGGCGUAGUCCUAACUACAGUCAUAAACGGUAAUCCGGGUGAGUCUGACUUUCUUCUGGUGCUUGAUGGGAAGUCGUUCCAAGAAAUGGCCCGGGCUAGCGUGAACGUGGAGCUGCACAUAGACAUGCAUGGCUUAUUUAUACCACAACAUGAUAUUGAACCUCCACGUGCUGCUAAAGAAUCUUCAACCCGCUGUUGAAUAUGUACUUUGGACUAGAAUGUGUUAGUUAGUUUAACUUAACUAAGUGGACUAAAUGUUAAAGACGUUUCAUGGCAUUAUGAAAGAUUGUCUAUAGGGUCACUUUGGAUACAAGGUUCUUGCAGUAAAUAAAUGGGACACUAUAUUAAUAUCAAAAUGCAAAGCGUUUUGUAUAAUAAAAAAUAAAAAUCAGAAGUCCUGUAAA